CAGAUCGAACUCUUUGUGCGGUGCAAACAAUAGUCAUCCAUCUCGGAACACACGCAGCACGACGCCGAGCUGGUUUCGAGUGCGAUGGAAGCGGCAUCGGGGGCGGCGGCCGGAGACGUAGAGAGCAGUGCUGCUGUGAAUCGCUGGACGGUGUCGACGAACUGGAUCGUCACCGGGGGAUCCCUCCAUGACGCCAUAUCCUUCGAGACUUCCGAGGAGGACGCCCCCACCGCCCCCGGGAUCUCGACGCCUCUUAUCCUCCUCAGGCCCCCGGCAGAAGCGGCGGCUGAGGAGGAAGAGCGCGGCUUCCUUCCCUGCGAGGUGACGGUUUGUUUGAAUAGAAAAUAUGAAAUACAUAGGAUAUAUGCUCGCAGUACAGCUCGAGUAUACGAGGUAUACUAUGCCACAGACAAGCAGAAUAAAUGCAAGGAAUAUCUGUGCACUGUGCGCUGUGGUGUUGCUUCUGAAGAAGUGACACCAUCUUCUGAUGUGGCUUCUUUCGAAUGUGAGAAUGGAAGUUAUGCAACUUCAGAUAAACAAGACAAGAUGUCUCUUGCUGAUAGUAACAGUAGCAAUGAGGAUGGCUGGGUAGAAGUGAAGAUACCUGACACCCCUUCACAUGAUCACAAAAUUAAUGUUCUACCAAGGAAAAUUGAUGGAAAUUCCAACACAGAUUGUCAGAUAUAUUAUGAGGCAACAGCUGAUAUUUCCGAUGCCAGUCCUUGUAUGUCUGUCACACUACGCUUCCUUUCACUUAAUACCAAGACUUGUGUCCAUGUGUCAGAGAUUUACAUAUAUGCUGACCCUGUUGAAACCGACACUCCAUGUGCUCCUGUCAGUAUGGGGGAAAAUUUUGGAGGAAAUUCUCUAUUGGCCAUGUUUAUGCCGAGUCUUUUGCAAUUAUCUAAAUCGGGAACUAGCACACAAGACAAAUUUUUUGGUGCCUCGGCAUUGCGUAAGUAUCAGUAUGGUGUGCAAAAGGAAGCCGAGCUAGUAAGCUCAGAUAUGGCAGUUGUUAUGCCACAAGAAGCAACAUCUGAUAAGGUAGAUUGUACACUGGGGCUUGAUCAUAAACAGGUUCAGUUAAAACCAGAAAAUACAUUUUCCACAUCAGACCAGAGGAUAACCGACCAAGAAGUACCAUCUUGCUCGGUGGAUCAAAAAUUGAAUCAAGUACGUGAUCAGAGUGAGAUAAAACCAGAAAACAUGCAGUUGGGAUCUAAUCAGAAAAUAACAGAGAGAGAACCAUCUUCAAGUACCUCUAUACAGGGAACCAAGGCAAGAACUGAAAAUGUACAAUCAACAUAUAGUGAGAAACAAAUUGGUCUUGUUCAUAUGUCAAAAUCAUCUGCUCAACAAGAAUACAAAGCAGGUGAUCGUAUUGAAAGGGUUCUGGAUGAACUUGUUUCGAGGGUGACAAGAAUAGAAGCAUUCUGUUCAAGAUUUGAGGAAAGCUUGUUAAAGCCGCUCAGUUGCAUCGAGACAAGACUUCAGAACCUGGAGAGGCUAUUUCACACUGCAGGAGGUCAGUUUCCUCGACAAGGUGCAUGUACAAGGAUAUCAGCCCCAGAAUUUUCAUCCGAUUUAGAAAAUGACAGUUUGAACCCUUCACCUGCAUCAGGGGAUAACGAUAAGGAUGAUACUGUUCUUCAUGAUCCACCAUUACCAGUUGAUGCCAUGCUGCAUCCAUCAUUACCGGCUUCUGGUGUUACAGGCUGUGUCCCGGAUUCUAGGAUAUACCCAGGUCUGGUACUUAAGGCACCUGAAUUCUCCAACGAAGAUGAUGAAUGUUUAAAGUAUGAUGCUGGUCUAGCUUCUGAUGCUAAUUGUAGUCAGGAUAAGAAGCUUUGUUCCACAGGCAACAAAGAUUCUGACGGUAUUAAAGAUGAUGUGAGUUUAGCUUCUGACUUGAACUGUAGUGAAGAUAAGAAGCUUUCAUCUUUUGACCACGCAUUAGCUUCGGCAUUGCAAGCAUUUUUAAGCUCAAAGCCCAACGCGACUGUGAUGGAACCUUACGAGAUUUGUGCUGGUGAUGAAAGUGUUCUCAAUCCUUCUCUUAUUAAAGUUCUCUCUAAUGGAGCUGACACUUCUGUCAGCACAUUGAAUGAAGUAAAGGACACCACGGUUAGUGACUCUUCAUUUCCAGUUUCAGGAGCUUCUGAAAGGUCUGUCAGAAAUCCUGAAUGCGAUACUGGUUGUAGUAUACGAGGCAUCUCAGAGGUCUCUGCUGCUUUAGAUGGCUCAUCAACACCUGUUGAUGCUUUGGUCUCUUUUUUGCCUGCCCCUGUGAUGGAUUCAGGUUUGAUAUUCAAGGCACCUGAGUUUUCAAGUGAUGAAGAUGAGUUUGAUAAUUAUGAUGAUAUGACAGAGACUAAUAGUCAUAAUUUCCAUGAAGAUGAAGCAUACAUGCGCAUGGAUGGUGAAGCGGUCUCUCAAAUAGUGGCUUUUCUUUCCUCGGAGAAGCUCAAGACUUCCAACUGCACUUCGAAUCUGGUAGCCAUUUCAUCUGACCCUUACAAUGUUGAUAAGAGUGAAACAUCUUCAUUAGUGGUUGGAGUUCCAUGUGAAGGAGCUGAUGGACUGGACACCCAAAAUCAUGGAAUCAGUACGAAAGAUACUGAUUUCAGCAUCUUGACUAGUAAAACUGGUUUGGACUGCGAUGAAGACGAGCACUGGCUCGAGAGAGCAAGUACCAGUCCCCUUGGGUGUUCCUUGGAAAAGAGAGGAGACCAAGUGAAACUACAUGGAUAUCAUUCCACUUCGGCAACUGCAUCAGAGGGAAGACUUCUCACGGAGGAUCUGUCUCAUAAUGUGAGUUUUAUAUCAGAUUGUAGUGCUAGCAAGGAUUGGCAAGGAGGUCUACUUAAUGACAGCGAUGAUGAUCAAGUAGAUCCUGGUGGAGCAAGCCUGAUCGAACUUGGUAAAGGAUGGACCGGGAGCAGUAGCACAUUCGCAAGCUUGGUCACCGAUUCCAUCAAAAAUAAAGAUCAGGUUGGCGUCAUGGAUUCAUCAGCUUCCACUGCUGACCACUACGAUGGGCAAGCUGCAAAUGAAACUGGAAGUAUACAUGAGAACACGAUGAGUGCCGCCGGCCAAAGCAACAUUGCUUCAAGUGCCAAUGACUCCAGCAGUCCCAACGAUAAUUAUGCAGGCUGUAGACUCGAACAAACACCGACUUCAGCUUCAUCCUCUGAUGAUCCAAUUUGGGAUGUCACGUUUGUUCCUGAAAGAGAUUGGAGCAGUGGAGUUCCACUACAAGUUUUGCUGGGCGAAUCAUGCGAUGAUGAGGUUCAAGACACUGCUGCCAUAGAUGCCACUGAGUACUGUAUCGCAACAGAUAAGCUUCUCGAAGGGAUGGAGAACCUUAGCCUUACAGGCGACAGUUCUGACUUACGCAAUGACUCUGGCUGCAUCAAUCAACAAAACUUCCCUAGUUUAAUAUAGACUGCAAAGAACCGAAUAACUGUGUUCAGAUGUUUAUUGGGUAUAAAUUUGGUAUCAGAAUUUAGCAUGAAAAUAAAGGUAAAGAAGGCACAACAAGACACUCUGUAUCGGGACAAGCAGUAGAAAGCUCUAUUUGUGGGCA